AUGUAGGCUCUGCAAGAGAAGGGAAAGUGAAACUACAAUUAAAUAUUAAGGGAGGGAGUAGACAAGGAUCAUCGGAGGAUCCCUACAUUGAGGAUACAUUUGAUGGAAAUCGAACGAGAGGCACCAUGAACUCAGGGUUGUGUCUGAGGGUGCUGAUACUGGUUGCUCUCACAGUACCCAUCAGAGCAGCUCAACCUGCCCCGGAGACAUUCACCUUAACUGUCCCUGAUGGUCCAACCUCGACCCUGUCUGGCUCCUCGGUCUCUCUACUCUGUGAAGUCUCACCUCUCUUCAAUGCAGAGCCAUUGGAGGUGCGCUGGUACCGUUCCAGUAACUUCCAGAGUCCUGCCUUGUUGUACAAAGAUCACAAGAUCCAGGAGGUCCCUGUGGACCCCCAGUAUAGGGGCAGGGUGUCUCUAACUGGGGGGCUGGAGAGAGGGAAUGUGUCCCUGAGACUGGAGAGGGUCACACAGGAAGACAGGGGGGAGUAUAUAUGCCAAGUCACCAGUGACCAGUGGUAUGAAAAGGCCAGUGUCUUCCUCACAGUGAAUGUGACAGGUAGUGAACCAGUUCUCUCUGUAGCUGAAGGACGAGGAGGAGGAGGUCAGGUGAACGUUACCUGUUCAUCAGUGGGCUGGUCACCACAACCUAAACUCACCUGGAGAAACAAAGAUGGGACAGAGAUCAGAAAUGGACAAGAAGUACUCAACACUUCUGAUUCUCAGGGCUUGGUGAAUGUCAGUAGUUGGCUGCUGUAUUCUCCCUCAGUCUCCGAUUGGCUCUCCUGUACAGUCUCUUUGUCUGAGGAGGCGAAGAGAGAGGGCAGAAUUCUGCCACAUAUAUACACAGCUCCUACAGCUGUACCUGGAGUCUCCAAAGAAGCCUUCAUUGUGACUCUGGUCCUGUUGGUCCUGUUUCUGGUCAUCGGUGCUCUGUGCUCUGUCAUUCUGUGCAAACGAAGAGGGUCCAUGUGGUCUUCAUCCCAAAAGUCCAGAAACAGUUCAGAGACAAAAAACCUAAUUGAAGGGGCAGAAAACACAGUGCCGAAACCUACCGAACAGAUGGUCACUGGAAAAGAAGUUCAUCUGGCAGGGGCAGAAAACACAGUGCCGAAACCUACCGAACCGAUGGUCACUGGAAAAGAUGUUAAUCUGGCAGCAGAGACAAAAAACCUAGUUGAAGGGGCAGAAAACUCAGUGCCGAAACCUACCGAACAGAUGGCCGCUGGAAAAGAAGUUAAUCUGGCAGGGGCAGUAAACACAGUGCCGAAACCUACCGAACCGAUGGUCACUGGAAAAGAUGUUAAUCUGGCAGCAGAGACAAAAAACCUAGUUGAAGGGGCAGAAAACUCAGUGCCGAAACCUACCGAACAGAUGGCCGCUGGAAAAGAAGUUAAUCUGGCAGGGGCAGAAAACACAGUGCCGAAACCUACCGAACCGAUGGUCACUGGAAAAGAUGUUAAUCUGGCAGGGGCAGAAAACACAGUGCCGAAACCUACCGAACCGAUGGUCACUGGAAAAUAUGUUAAUCUGGCAGGGGCAGAAAACACAGUGCCGAAAACUACCGAACCGAUGGUCACUGGAAAAGAUGUUAAUCUGGCAGGGGCAGAAAACACAGUGCCGAAACCUACCGAACCGAUGGUCACUGGAAAAGAUGUUAAUCUGGCAGCAGAGACAAAAAACCUAGUUGAAGGGGCAGAAAACUCAGUGCCGAAACCUACCGAACAGAUGGCCGCUGGAAAAGAAGUUAAUCUGGCAGGGGCAGAAAACACAGUGCCGAAACCUACCGAACCGAUGGUCACUGGAAAAUAUGUUAAUCUGGCAGGGGCAGAAAACACAGUGCCGAAACCUACCGAACCGAUGGUCACUGGAAAAGAUGUUAAUCUGGCAGCAGAGACAAAAAACCUAGUUGAAGGGGCAGAAAACUCAGUGCCGAAACCUACCGAACAGAUGGCCGCUGGAAAAGAAGUUAAUCUGGCAGGGGCAGAAAACACAGUGCCGAAACCUACCGAACCGAUGGUCACUGGAAAAGAUGUUAAUCUGGCAGGGGCUGAAAACACAGUGCCGAAACCUACCGAACCGAUGGUCACUGGAAAAGAUGUUAAUCUGGCAGGGGCAGAAAACACAGUGCCGAAACCUACCGAACCGAUGGUCACUGGAAAAGAUGUUAAUCUGGCAGGGGCAGAAAACUCAGUGCCAAAACCUACCGAACCGAUGGUCACUGGAAAAGAAGUUAAUCUGGCAGGGGCAGAAAACUCAGUGCCGAAACCUACCGAACAGAUGGCCGCUGGAAAAGAAGUUAAUCUGGCAGGGGCAGAAAACACAGUGCCGAAACCUACCGAACAGAUGGUCACUGGAAAUGAAGUUAAUCUGGCAGAGACAAAAAACCUAGUUGAAGGGGCAGAAAACUCAGUGCCGAAACCUACCGAACAGAUGGCCGCUGGAAAAGAAGUUAAUCUGGCAGGGGCAGAAAACACAGUGCCGAAACCUACCGAACCGAUGGUCACUGGAAAAUAUGUUAAUCUGGCAGGGGCAGAAAACACAGUGCCGAAACCUACCGAACCGAUGGUCACUGGAAAAGAUGUUAAUCUGGCAGGGGCAGUAAACACAGUGCCGAAACCUACCGAACCGAUGGUCACUGGAAAAGAUGUUAAUCUGGCAGCAGAGACAAAAAACCUAGUUGAAGGGGCAGAAAACUCAGUGCCGAAACCUACCGAACAGAUGGCCGCUGGAAAAGAAGUUAAUCUGGCAGGGGCAGAAAACACAGUGCCGAAACCUACCGAACAGAUAGCCGCUGGAAAAGAAGUUAAUCUGGCAGAUUGGCACCAGGUGAAAGGAUUCAAAGUUCCAUCAGAGAACAUCAUUCUGGAUAUAAAGACUGUGCACCCUGCUAUUAGAGUCAAUAGAGGAAAGCGGGCUACUUACGUAAAAGAAAAAGAUACAGAAAACCCCUCUAUGAGAAUGCAUCUCCAUGUAUUUUGUGUAGAGAGUUUCAGUUCAGGACAACACUAUUGGGAAGUGAAGGUAAAGGAUCAAAAAGACAAACUGUCAUGGUAUGUUGGUGUGGCCAGAGAAAAUGUUAAGAGAAGAUCUAAUGUUCCUUUAACUCCACAGAAUGGAUUUUGGAUUCUUUCUUAUGAUAAAGAAAAGGGUUUCCAUGUCAAUACUGACCCUCAAACACCGAUAACUGUGGCAGAGAUCACUAUAGUGGGAGUGUUUCUAGACUGUGACAGACACACUCUGUCUUUUUAUAAUGUUGAUACAGAGUCACUUCUCUACACAUUUACUGAUGUGAAGACAUCAAACUACUUUCCUGUGUUCAGCCCAGGACAAUGUGACAAAACCCCAUUGAGAAUAUUGGAAUGACUACCAAAACCCUUAAGCUGUACUGCGUUGGCCGGGUUAAGCAUCCACUGUAGUUGCUGGAACCGUGCUGGAAAGGACAAUAUCAGAGCCAUCACAGUAUCGGUUGGGUUUGCACUAUAGUGUGACAUGGGUCCGAGAUGCAGGUGAAAUUCAUGUCAAAUGAGACAUGCGUUAUACACAUUUUGUGUUAUUCAGUGAUGCCCAGUUGUAAAUGUGUGUGUCUUUUUCCCGAAAAGUUUUCAGACGCCACAAGAAAAAGAGAGCAAUAUUAAUGCCGUCUUUUUGUUGGCAGUAACCCGCCAUGGUUCAUUGAACAAACCCUAUAGUUUUUGUAGGGUUUUUGGAAAAAUAUAGAAAAUAAGGUCUGUGGUAAACGCAGUCUUAGGAGAUCAUCUUUAUCAGCUAACGUCACUUUUUAUGUAAUCAGGAAAAGCACAUAAAGGCUUAAUUCAUAACGUUCAUAUUAACUGACUGAUAUUAUCUCAGAUCAAAAUCUCCUAAGCCUGUGUUAACCUCAGAUGCUAUUUUCUGCGUUCAUCCCAAAACCCAAUUAUUUCCCCAAAAGAAUGGCUGAACGAACCAGAACUAACUUUAGGACUACAAGCUGGCGAGUUCUAUAAAAUCAACCACAAAUCUUUAACUUUUUUUUCUACCUGUAGCUAGAUUAUGAAUGUAUACUGUGAAGCUACUGUAGUACAAAUUAGCAAUAUCCUUUGCAUUCUUGAAUUCUGUUAAAAUGUUGUCCCAAUUCAUAAAUUACUGUAAUCUGUU